CUAGAAUCGAAUUAUUUGCGAUUUAACCAUCGAACAACACGAGAUAUCAUCGAAAUUAUUCAACUUCGAUUUAAAUACAAAAUUUGAUACAAUUAAUUACAUAUCGAUGUUUUGAUAUCUAUAUAUAAAUCAUUUAUAAAUUUGCAAUUUAUUCUUUUGUAUUGUUUUUUUCGUUUAGCUCGUCUUAUAAAGAUGUCAACAAGUGUUCCUUUAAUUGUGAGGCUAUUAGCAUCAUCUGUGUCUGUGGCUGGUAGAGCUGGCAAAAUCGUAAGAGAUGUUAUGAGCAAGGGUGAACUUGGUAUUGUGGAGAAGGCAAAAGACGACUAUCAAACAGAAGCUGAUAGAUCAGCCCAAAGAUGUAUCAUUGCAUCUUUGACAGCACAAUAUCCAAAAAUUAAUAUUAUCGGAGAAGAAGAUAAUCCUGAUAAUGAGGGUGACGUGUGUAGUGAUUGGCUAACAAUAGAUGCUGAUAAAGAAGUUUUAUGCCUUGAAUGCCCUUCUGAAUUGAAAGGUGUCAAGGAAGAAGAUAUUGUAGUAUGGGUGGAUCCUCUUGAUGGGACUUCUGAAUAUACCCAAGGUGCCCUUAUGUUGAAGAGAGAUCCUUGGGAAAGAUGGAAAAUGUAUUUGACUCACCCAUUUAUAAGUAUCAAGUGGUAUUUAAGUUUACUACAAUCAAACUAUGGUUUCUUAGAACAUGUUACUGUACUUAUUGGUAUAUCAGUCAAUGAAAAACCUGUUGCUGGUGUCAUUCACCAGCCAUAUUACAAAAGUGCAGGAAGUGAAAAAAAAACUGGAAGAACUAUCUGGGGUCUGCAGGAAGUUGGUGUUGGUGGAUUUACUCCAGUUCCUCCACCAAACUCUCUUAUUAUCACCACAACAAGAAGUCACUCAAACCCAGUUGUAGAAAAAGCAUUACAAGUAAUGAAUGCAUCUCAAAUUCUAAGAGUUGGUGGUGCAGGUUUCAAGGUUUUACAAUUGCUGGAAGGAAAGGCCUCAGUUUAUGUGUUUGCUAGCCCCGGCUGUAAAAAAUGGGAUACAUGUGCCCCUGAAGCAAUUCUUUCUGCUGCUGGUGGCAAAUUAACUGACAUCCUGGGACACAACUACAAAUAUGGUGCCUCCGUGUCGAGACCUAACAAAACUGGAGUGUUAGCUGCAGUAAAUACUGACCUUCAUACCUAUGCUCUGAAUCGAAUACCACAAGAGCUGAAAGAUAAACUAGCAAAUAAGUGAAAAUAUAAUUAUAUAGCACAACAAUCAAUACUAUAAAUAACUACCCAUUCAAUGGGUAAUUAAUAUAUACACUUUUCACAAAAAACAAUGUUUUAUUAAGAUAAUUAAUAUUUAUAUACAUAUAAGUCCACCAAUAAAAUAAAUAUAUAUACUACCUACAGUCAAUUGUACAGAGCUUAGUAUAAAAGGUAUAUCCUUCGAAAUAUUAUAAAUGCAACGGUGAGUUUGUACGCUUUCAUUUCUUAAUCAACCAAUCAUGAAAUUUUGUAUACAAUUGUCAGAUGUACACAAAAUAACAUAGGAUACCUGCCAUUUGUCCCCAUAGAAGAAGCUCCUAAAUAAUAAUUCACAUCACUAACAAUAACCAUUAAUUUUUUAUCAUUACCCAAAGAAACUGUUACACAUGCUUAGCCGAGAAAACCAUUUCCUUACUGGGUUUUGUUAGUAAUUGAGAGUAUAACAUCUGUAAGUAAACGAUUAAAAUCUAAUAUAUUAUAUGAACCCUUAAAUAAAAAGAUAUUCAUGACAAUUAGCUUGUUUCUCUUUGGUGAAUGGGCUUUUAUACAAGGUUAAAU